UUCAGUGGAGAGUGACUCUCAUGAGGACAGCAAGAAAAUUUAGUCUCUGUGACAAGUAUUCCACAUUCAUCACCACCACCCAUUACAUCUAUGAUCUUUUUUACAAUAAGAAAGCAAUCAGCUGUGGUGAACUGUGACAGAUGAAAUAGAAGAAAUGGCAGUCAAAAGUGUGGAGUGUCUUGCUAAGAAACAGUGGCUCAAGAAACACCUUCUGUCCUUUAAAACUCUCAGCCUGGUUGUGCUCUCCGUGCAAACCUCAACAAUGGUCUUGCUUCUUCGUUACAGCCGUACUCCAACUCAUUCUAACCAUCACCCAUAUAUUAUCACCACAGCUGUUCUCUUAUCUGAAGUUCUUAAGCUUGGACUUUCCUUAGGAUUUUUACACAUUGAAUCUGGUAAGGUGAUGAAAAAAACUAUGACACGACUGUAUAAAGAUGUAGUUGUCAAUGUUUGGGAGACACUCAAAUUAGCUGUUCCAGCCUUUUUGUAUGUUGUUCAGAACAACUUACUUUUCAUUGCUCUCACCAAUCUUGAUGCUGCCACUUACCAGGUUACCUACCAGUUGAAGAUCUUGACAACUGCCAUUUUCUCCUGGGUGAUGCUUGGCAAGCGUCUUGCACCCAUCCACUGGCUCUCUCUCUGUCUGCUUAUGCUGGGGGUUUCACUUGUUCAGGUAGAGGGAAGUACUGGUGAAGAGAGCACCAGAAAAAUUCUCCCAGUUCCUGAAGUGGAAGUGUUGGAAGGAGCAGAUACAGUAUUUCUUGGAGGACACAAAGAUGGUGCUGAUUUAAUUCCACGUGACAUGCACAAUAAAGCUCAUCCCAACACAGAGGUGUCCCGACUUCUAGGAAUUUUUGCAGUUCUUGUGUCAUGUAUCUCUAGUGGAUUUUCUGGUGUAUACUUUGAACGGCUUGUCAAGAGAAGUUCACAGACUUCACUGAUUAUCAGAAAUAUACAGCUUGAGGGCAUAGGAGAUGUAGUGAGAAGCCAGACGAAAGAAUAUGAACUGGAAGAACAGACUCUUUGUGUCAUGAUGGAAGAAAGUGCAUCUCAUCAGUGUUCACUUGCAGAUGCUGAACUGAUGGAUGAUUCUUCAGUGCAGUCAGAUGCUAAGCAAGACAAGGGACAAAGCACUUGUGUGGCCAGCGCAUCCAGGGCCACUCCAGAUGUGGCUAGUCCAAGUGGCCAACCUACAGCAACGAAAAAGUGUAAACGAGGUGACAUAUCUAUGUGGCCAGCACUCGUGGCCACCCUAAAUGUGGCCACUCCAGAUGUGGCCACCCCACAUGUGGCCACUCCAGAUGUGUCCAUCCCACAUGUGGCCACUCCAGAUGUGUCCACCCCACAUGUGGCCACUCCAGAUGUGCCUAGCUCAGCUGUCGCCAACACGUCGACAGCUGCUGACGAGGGUGCUAGUGAUAUUGUGUCAGCAAGUGUUCAUAAUGUGUCGAGUGCCACACGCUGA